AUGGCGACCAAGGCGAACUCUGUGCCAAUACCGACUCUUAUUGAGGGCAUCCACAACCGCUGGCAUCCGGAAAUCCCUCCGGUCGCCACCGUUAAGCCAGGACAGUCAUUCAAUAUCCAAUGCGUCGACUGGACGGGCGCCCAAAUCGGCAACAAUGAUUUUGCUGAUGACCUUCGUGACGUGGAUCUGACGAGGAUUCAUAACCUAUCCGGACCAGUGGCCGUUGAGGGCGCAGAGCCUGGCGACUGCCUUGUAGUCGACAUUCUCGAUGUCAAGCCUUUCGACAAAAUGCCCUGGGGUUACACUGGUAUCUUUGAGCUACACAACGGCGGCGGUCUCUUCGCCCGCGAAUUCAACUCCAGAGCAGCAAAAGCUAUCUGGGACUUCAACGGUAUCUACGCCACCUCGCGGCACAUCCCCGGCGUACGCUUCGCGGGCGUCUCCCAUCCGGGCCUGAUCGGCACCGCACCCUCCCCCGAGCUGCUGGCAAAGUGGAACGAGCGCGAGCGCGGACUGAUCGCGCAGCACGAGGGCGCGGUGCCCGCUGUGGCGCUCCCGCCCGAGCCGAAGGGAGCGUAUGUGGGCCAGGAGCUGCCUGAGGAUGUGCGGAAGCGGAUCUACGAGGAGGGCGCGAGGACGGUGCCGGGGAGGGAGCAUGGAGGGAACUGCGACAUCAAGAACUUGUCUAGGGGUUCUCGGUGUUAUUUCCCCGUUUUCGUCAAAGGCGCGAACCUUUCGGUAGGGGACCUCCACUUCUCGCAGGGUGAUGUAAAGAUCUCGUUCUGCGGAGCUAUCGAGAUGGCCGGUAUCAUUACUUUCAAUUGCAGCAUCAUCAAGGGCGGCGUCGAGAAGUUCGCAUUGAAGCAGCCCAUUUUCCUACCUUCGCCCAUAGACCCGCUAUACUCCGCAAAGGAAUGCCUCAUAUUUGAGGGCAUCAGCGUGGAUCUCCAUGGUGACGGUAAACAGUACAACAUGGACGCAACGGUGGCGUACAAGCAGGCUGCUCUGAAUGCCAUUACAUAUCUUAUGAAGAUUGGGUACACCCGGGAGCAAGCCUAUCUCCUCCUGUCAGCCGCUCCCGUAGAGUCCCACGUCGGCGCCGUCGUGGACUCCCCAAACGCAUGUGUAACACUCGCUCUACCCCUCGGGAUAUUCGAACACGAUAUCCUACCCAAAGAAGAGGGCCUGACAAAGAAAGACUUCGGCCAAUGCGCGAUCAGGAGCGACGGGGUGGUAUAGGAACUUGGGCAUCAGCAUCGACUGAUUGAAGGAAGGGUAAAUGCACGGAUCAUCUGUUGUAGUAUCACUCAAUGCGUAUUUAUUCGUUUCAACUGGC